CCCGCCGCCCCCUUCCGCCCCCUGGCGGCGGCGCCGUGUGACGUGGCGCUUCCGGAGCGCGGGCGGCGGCAGGCGGUCGGGAAUGUCCUGACCCUGCCCCGCUGGRCACCGAGGGGCUGCGGGACCCUCCGGGACCCUCCGCCGGGCCCGGUAAGGUGAGCGCAGCGCUGCCGGUUCGGUGCCUCGGUUGCGAGGAGGAAAAUCCGCAGCGAGGAGCUCCCGUCCCUGCGGAUCUCCGGGCACCGGGAGCAGCCCCGGGUUCCGUUGUCAGCCCGMAAGUGGCACCGGGRCAGCCCCGGGGGUCCCCGCUGCUGCUGCACAGCCCGGUCACACCGGGCACCGCGGGAUCGAGGAGGGGAUAGAGGAACCCGGCGGAGCGGGGGGGUCCCGGAGAUGGAGCCCCCGGCCGCCCCCCUCAUUCUGGGGGUGGGGGACGAGGUGACGCUGGUGGCUGGAGUGGCCGUGCUGGUGCUGGCUCUGGUGCUGGCCUGGCUGUCCACAUACGUGGCCGAUGGCACCAACCAGCUCCUGGGCACCGGGGACGCGGCCGUCAUCCGCCUCGGGCCCCUCCCGCCCUACGCGGGGCCCGCGGGGGCGGACGAAGCCCCGGAGCCCCCCAGGACCCCCGAAAACGCAGAGGAAAAAACAGAGGAAGAAGCGGGGGCGGCGGCACGGGGGGACAGCGGGAGCGCCCCYGACCCCGGCCUGGAGCAGCUGCUGGAUGUCCGGAGCUUGUCCCAAAACCCCACCGAGCCCGGAGCCCCGGAGGAGGGGGAUUUGUGCCCCGGGCUCAUCAAGAUCCGCCUCAAGUUCCUCAACGACACCGAGGAGGUGGCGGUGGCCCGGCCCGARGACACCGUGGGGAUUCUCAAGAGCAAAUAUUUCCCRGGCCAGGAGAGCCAGAUGAAGCUCAUCUACCGCGGGCAACUGCUGCAGGACCAGGCACGGACGCUGCGCUCGCUCCGCAUCACCGACAACUGUGUCAUCCACUGUCACCGCUCCCGGGGAGCCACCGCGGCCACCCCGGCCCUGCCCGAGCCCGGCCCCGCCACCCCCACGGCCCCGGGGCUGCCCCUGGGCGGGGGGACCCUGAUGGUGCCCACGGUCAUGGUGGUGCUGGCGCUGGGUUGGUAUUUCCGCAUCAACUACCGGCAGCUCUUCACGGCCCCGGCCACCGUGUCCCUGAUCGGUGUCACCGUGCUGGUCACCUUCCUGGCUUUCGGGGUGUACGGACAGGCGGGAUGAGGUGGGAAGGAGCGGGGAUGCACCGCAGUGUCCCUGUCCCCGCGCUGUGACAGGAGCCAGCACGGUGGGAGCUCAGCGCGUCUGUCCCAGCCUUGCUGUCGGACUUUACCCCCCCAAAAAGGGGCUGUGCCCCCCUCCCCAAAUUCCAUUCCCCCCUCCCGGCCCCAAUCGCAGCUCCGGGGGAGUGGGACAGCACUGGAACGGGUCGUGGCUUCUUCCCAAGGACUUUUUGAGGCAAAUAAAGGGUGUUAAGUCA